AUGCUCAGGGAAAUAGUGCUUAUUUACAUCCUUCAUAUUCCACUGGUUGAUGCAUUUGAUUGGGGAGACUUCCAUAAGGUGGCUGUAAUUUUCUUCUCGUUUUUCGGACCAACACUGAUUCUUGGCGCAAUAGCAUUAGCCGCCUAUUUCGCUUGCAUACGAUCUGUCAGAGGAAGCGGGCCAUCACCGGUUAAACAGCUGAAAGCUACUCCUCCACCAAUGAUCCAGAAGUUCGCACCGAGUCCCAUCCCACCAGGACAUCUCAUCUCACCUGCCCCUUCG